AUGGACCGUACCACCGGGAUGCGCUUCCUCGUUGAUACGGGCGCGGAAGUAAGCGUCAUACCCGCCGACAAAUUUUCACACCGACCCCGACAGCAAUCCUUCAGCCUAAGAGCCGCCAACGCCUCUACCAUACCUGUUUACGGCCAACGGUCUCUAACCCUCAACAUCGGGCUCCGAAGAGAUUUUAGGUGGCUUUUUCUUGUCGCCGACGUCACCCAAGCAAUUCUCGGAGCAGACUUUCUCAACAGUUUCAAGCUGCUCGUCGACGUCAACGGCAGGCGCCUCAUUGAUCGCUCAACGUCCCUGUCAGUCUGCGGCCUUAACCUCCCUGCACCACCAUCCCGCGUACUAUCUUGCACUGCGCCGUACGUCCCCUUCGCCUCUAUCCUGAAGGAUUUCCCUGCGUUGACUCAACCACCCGACUGGACGAAGCCCGUACAACACGACGUUGUUCACCACGUUUCCACCCGUGGCCCACCAGUUCACUUCCGCCCGCGGCGCCUCGCACCCGAAAAGUUCCGCGUGGCAAAGGCAGAACUUGACCACAUGCUUGAACUUGGUAUCAUCAGGCCAUCAUCCAGUACGUGGGCUUCGCCGCUGCACAUGGUGCCAAAGAAGACCGGGGACUGGCGCCAGUGCGGGACUAUCGCGCAUUGA